GGAAGACAAACAAGGAAUUCGGGUUUGAAUGAUCUUACGUGUCAUUCCCAGAGUUUCAGUGAUUCAGGAACCUACUGAAGGCUUUCGGAGGACACAUCCCAUUCAGGACGGUUGCUCAUCGUUGUUGAUGAAGUGCGCGUGCCCUGGUUACUGUUGCUAACGGCAGAAGCAUGAAGGCUUUGAUCCUGGUCGGGGGGUACGGGACUCGGCUGCGACCGCUCACUCUGAGCGUCCCCAAACCGCUGGUGGAGUUCUGCAACAAACCCAUCCUGCUGCACCAGGUGGAGGCUCUGGUCAAGGCUGGGGUGACUCAUGUGGUACUGGCGGUGAGCUACAUGUCGGAUCUGCUGGAGAGAGAGAUGAGAGUUCAGGAGGAGAGACUCGGGAUUCAUAUCUCUCUGUCUCAUGAGAAGGAGCCUCUGGGAACCGCGGGUCCCCUGGCGUUGGCACGAGAGCUGCUGAACGUCGACAACGAGCCGUUCUUCGUCCUCAACUCGGACGUCAUCUGUGAUUUUCCCUUCAAAGAUCUGUUGCAGUUUCACCGCAACCACGGCAAGGAGGGAACCAUCGUGGUAACGCGGGUGGAGGAGCCCUCUAAAUACGGCGUGGUGGUGUUCGAGAGCGACAGCGGGAGGAUCCAUCGCUUCGUUGAGAAACCUCAGGUCUUCGUCUCUAACAAGAUCAACGCCGGCAUAUACAUCUUCAAUCCCAGCAUGCUCAGCAGGAUCCAGCUGAGACCGACAUCCAUAGAGAAAGAAAUAUUUCCCGUCAUGGCAGAGGAGGGGCAGCUGUACGCCAUGGAGCUGCAGGGUUUCUGGAUGGACAUCGGUCAGCCUAAAGACUUCCUGACGGGGAUGUGUAUGUACCUCCAGUCGCUAAGACAACACGCUCCGGAGAGGCUCCGCACGGGGCCCGGUUUCCUUGGCAACGUCUUGGUGGACCCGACGGCGCAGAUCGGGGAGAACUGCACCAUCGGCCCGAACGUCACCAUCGGCGCCGGCGUGAUCGUGGAGGACGGCGUCAGGAUAAAACGGUGCACGGUGCUGAAGGGGUCCAGGGUUCGGUCGCACUCGUGGUUGGAGAGCUGCAUCGUGGGCUGGAGCUCCUCUGUUGGCCAGUGGGUGCGCAUGGAGAACGUGACGGUGCUGGGGGAGGACGUGAUCGUCAACGACGAGCUUUACCUGAACGGAGCAAACGUCCUGCCUCACAAGUCCAUCAGCGAGUCUGUCCCAGAGCCGCGGAUCAUCAUGUAGCGCCGGCGCCUUUAAUAUGAACUGGACUUAACGCUCGAAUCUGUGCCACGGAGAAGGACGAAGGUGGUGGAGGAGAACGAGAAGAAAAAGAACAGGAGGCUUUUUUUUUUUUUUGUUUACUUCUUUAAAAUUUAGUUUGGACUCGUUUUGGCCCUGCUCUGCUGCAACAUCCAUCAGACAUGAUGGUCCAACCACAGACAGCAGAAAGGUUUACACUAGUGAAAUUUAUGUCCUGAAUGUUGCGGAUGGUAAAUGGGGAGGGGUGGUGUGUUUUGAGGACCUGGGGCUUAGACUUCUGUUUAGAUUCACUAUGCAUUUACACUUCCUGGACAGAUUCAUUGAACAGGUCCUGAGGGAUCAAACUGAGAUUAUUGCUAUUAAAACAAAAUGCAGUAUUGGUCAUAGUCUCUAUAGAAGCACUGACAUGCUACACAUUAGGAUUGCUAAUGAGAGUCUUUGUUGGGUUCUUUUCUGAAACACAACUAGGACUCCCGGGCUCUGACCACAAACUGGAAUAAUCCAAGUACUGAUGCUGCUGUCUGGUUGGUUUGAAGUCAGAAAGACGUCAGAUCUUCUCUGUUUCGUAGCAGUUGCGUUGUAACAGAGCGUCCAUACUAUCAGGGCUCUGUUUAAGGGAUUCAGACAGUAGCUGCAGCAGCCGCCAUAAUUGAGACACAACAUUUAAGCCUUUUUAUUGACAUCUGGAGCGGAAGCAAGAUUCAUGACUAUAUAUAAAAAUCUGCUUUAAAACACUUUACUCAUCAGUGGAUCUAUUUGUUGGUUGAUGAUUUCACCGGCUAACGUCCAACUCUCCAGCUGAUCCAGAGGUGUUAUUUUCUCUGCACUGGUAUAGAAACACGCUCCCAUAAUAAAAUCCCAACCGAGAGACCGGUGAUGAUGCAGCAGUAGUUUAGUAAAAGGUGCAUCAGAACAAAGUGUAAACACCUUUAGAAAAAUGUGAAGGACUUGGUGAAUGUUGUGUAUUUUUGGCUGUAGCACAAUUGGAAUCGUUAAAUUGGAAAUGUUAUUUUUAUAACGGCUGCUUUCAGCCUCAGCGGUUCACUACUCUGAGGAAGGCGGACACCUGGGCGUGCAUCUGCAAGGAUGCUGAGACUCUUCACUCUGUCCUGAUCUGAAAGUGUCUUACUAGUGGCACUGGGUGAAAUUAAGAAUCUGUGAACGUCAUAAAGGGAUGAGUCUGCCUGGGUCAGAGUCCGUUCCUACUAUGUGGUCUUUGUUGUAAAAGCCAGGUAGGCUACCAGUAUGUAAUUAGGUUGUAAAGUUAGAUAACUACAGUCGAAGCUUUCUGGAUGUUGUCCACGUUUCUGUCGGCUCCAGCACAAAGCAGCGAGUCGGAAACGUUUUUCCGAUGAACAAUAAUCUGAACGUGACAUGACUUCUGUCUGAAUGAAUGAAGUAAAUUCUUGUUGUAAAGUCUUUUUUUUUUUUUAAGAAAGAAUAAUAUAAUCUACUGACAACAUA